UGAUUUAAUUGUACAUUGAAGUAAUUUUCAGAUGGCAUGAGUGAGGGUACACGUUACAGAUAUUCCGGUGCUUCUGGCCAGAAAUACAGCACUGCGCCUGAUCCCACACCAACAACCAAUGGACACGCAUCAACUGGGAAGAGCACCCCGACUCCAUCUCCCUCACAGCCAUCGACAUCGUCAACCACAUCCAAUGGAGCCGCUCCGACGGCCAGCGGCGACUUCACCUCAGAACAAGCCGCUGAAGUUCACAGACUCAAGAAGUGCAAAGAUUACUAUGAGCUCCUGGGAGUCCCAAAGUCAGCAUCAGCUGAAGACCUGAAACGCAAUUACAGAAAGCUUGCUCUUAAGCUGCACCCUGACAAGAACAAAGCACCUGGUGCUGCCGAGGUUUUCAAGACGAUUGGAAACGCAUACGGAGUAUUGAGCGAUCCGGACAAAAGACGAAGAUACGACCAGUACGGUAUCGAGGGGCCCCAAAGGUCAACGACCAGACAAUAUUCGAAUGGUUAUGGAGACAUGCACCAUGGGUUCGAACAAGAGUUUGACCCUGAAGAUAUUUUCAACAUGUUCUUUGGAGGUAUGGGUGGAGGAACCCGGGUGUACACUUUCGGACCCGGAGGUGGUUUGUACCAACGUCGAAGACACAAUCAUCCCAGACACCAUCACCAAAACACAGAAGAAAACCAGACAGCCGCGAACUAUGCCGUGUGGAUACAACUGGCACCUGUUUUGAUACUUUUUCUGAUGUCUGCUCUGUCGGCUUUGUUUGCUACAGAUCCUAUCUACAGUAUGUACCGAGAAUCGCCUUACAUAAUCGAGAAGGUAACUGCUCAACACAAAGUGAAGUAUUACGUCAAACCUGAUUUCGCUCAGACAUACAAGUCUAGUAUGAAACAGUUGGAAAGAGAAGUGGAAAAUGACUUCAUUACUAUGACACAAAAUAGGUGUUAUCAGGAAAGACAAAAUAAAGAAAACACCAAGUUGAAGGCACGAUAUUUCAGAGACAGUAAACUUUUAGAAAAGGCUGAACGUAUGGAAACUCCUAGUUGUACAAGGUUACGAGAAUUAUACGGGGGUGGAUGAGAAUUUUCAAAAUCCACUUCCAUAUUUGAACCCAAUUUUUUCCAGCCCGUCGUCCCACGAUUUAUUCAGCAAAAAUCAAAGAGCGAACAAAUUUACUAAGAAAAGUGAAUUUAUCAUUUUUUGCUCUGAAUUAACUUAAUUUGAUAGCCCGUUGUUUAUUCCGAUUGUCCUUAUUUAUUAGUGUAUUAUGUAUAUAAUCCCGAGAAGAUGAAUUAUAAUGAUACAAUGUUUAUUUUGUCGACAUUUUUCAAAAUCAUCGAUGAAUUUAUUUCUAAGAAAAUA